AUGGGAGAGCGAAAGAAUCUGAAUUGGAUAAAGUACAGCGCCAAAACGGAAACAACUGCAAUGCUGCAAAAGUUGGCAGUUGCACAGUAUAGCAACAGAGAGUUGCCAUUUUUGAGCUGUGGGAAUGAAAAGGGAAACUACGAAGCUAAAUGGUCGAAGCUACAAAGAGUGGUUGAAAUCACUAGUGAAAGCAAAAAGAUCAGGUUUGACCCUUCAGUUGAGAAAGAGAGUUUGCUGCCUCAAACUCAUGUUCAUGUUACUGGACCAAAAGACUCCAGUGACAGUGAAACAACCAAUGCUAAUAGUUCAUCAUCACUUUCACAACAGGGAAGGACGGAUUUUCAACUGCGGCGGAUAAGACACUCAGAUCAAGCCAAAACAAGUUAUAGUCCAGACCUUGCUGCUCCAACUGAGCUGCAGAAAAUAGAGAACAACAUUUUAGAGAGUCGAGGCAAUGUGGAUGAAUCUAAACAGCAAGAGAAAUUAGUGCAUCCUUUUGCAGAAGAGAACAAAACUACCACAACUGAAUUAGUAGAGUACUGGGUGCCUGUGAGGCUAUCCAACAUACAGACAGAGCAGUAUUGUGGCUCUCUGUUUUCAAACUCAACUGUUUUAUGUUCUUCUUACAAGUUCGAUCCAACAAAAGUCCUUCAUGAGAUACUUGUCUCAACCAAAAAGUGCUGUGAUCAUCCUUAUCUUGUGGAUCACUCUUUGCGUACCUCUCUGCUACAAGAUUUUCCACAAUCUGAGCAAUUGGAUGCACAAAUAAGAUUGAGUAGCAAAUUGCUUCUCCUCCACAAGGCCUUACUGGAGAUAAACAAGCGAGGAUUAAGAGUACUUGUCCUCUAUCAGUCACUUGCAGAUUCUGGACCAAUCACUAUCACUAAUGGUGAUAUGUUGGAUGAUAUUAUCCAUGAAAAGUUUGGUGGAGAUUCUUUUGUACGUAUUGAUGGACAUAUAUCUCGGUCGAAAAGACAAGAAGUCCUCGACACUUUCAAUGAUAAAGAGGGUGGGAAAUUCGUAUGCUUAAUGGAAACCCGUGCCUGUGUUCCAAGCAUUAAACUUAAAUCCAUAGACACUGUUAUUUUCUUCAAUAGUGAUUGGGAUCCAAUGAAUGACUUGAAGGCUCUGCGAAAGAUCAAUCUGGAUUCACAAUUUGAGCAGGUGAAGGUCUUUCGCUUGUAUUCAGCUUACACUUUAGAGGAAAAGGUCCUGAUGCUUACCAAGCAAGGCACGGGUCCAGAUGGAAAUGUGAGCAAUAUCAGACGAAGUACGUGCCAUGAGUUGCUGACCUGGGGCGCCUACUAUUUGUUUGAAAAGCUUGAAAGCUUCCAUGCCGUCAGUACUGCAGAUGGAGCUUCAACUGAUUUCCAUGGAAACUCAUCUGUGGAAGACGUGUUCCAUGAGAUGUCCAUCCUAUUACCUAACAAUGACAAGAGUAAUGUUGAUUCCAAAAGCUCAUCAAUUUUGAAAGUACAGCAGAUUGGAGGUGUUUACCCCACCGAUAUCUCUCUGGUAGGCGAAGUAGGGUAUCCUCUCAUGGAGAAUUUUUCAGUAAUUGAGGAGAUGUUAACGAAAGAACCACCCUAUGUUUUCUGGAUAAAUAUACUCGAAGGGAGGACGCCUAGCUGGAAAUACUUUUCCUAUCGACCACCAAGGACUAGGAAAAGUUUUCAAAGGCUUGAUGAUUCACUUGAGAAAUGUGUUGGGCCUUCCAAGAAAUGCAGGACAGAGGGUGGAAGCACUGCUUGUCAAACUUCAGGUGAAGCAGCUGCUCCAAGAAGCAUGCAGACUCCAAUACUGGAUAAGCCAUCCUUAAUGCAGAUCCAAUCUCUGUUGCCUUGGCCUACAAAAAUACAAAAUGAUAACCAGCUAGAAUCUAACUGCUCUAGUUCUGAGUCCUGGCAAUCAGAAUCUUCUUGGGAACAUGCUGCAGGAGUGUCCCCUCUCGAAGCCACGCAAAGAGCUCCAAAAACGAAUGAAUCUGUAAGAGCACCAGAAACCUCCCAAGUAACUCAUGUUGAGGUACUUCAAUCUGUCUGUAAAGCUCUGCAGACAGAGUUGGAAAGAUUACAGAAACAGAAAACUGAAUCUUCAAAACAGCAUGAAGAUAUGAAACUGCAAUCGAGAAUGGCAUGCGAGAGAGAGGUUGAUGAGAUACACAAGAAGUAUGAGACAAUGCUUCAAACUGCAGAUGCGGCUUUUCUGGAGGAGAAAGCAGCUCUUGAUGCUAGAUACAACAAAGUAUUCGUCAACAAGGAAUUAGCCGAGGCAUUGAUGCAGAGGAAUUCCAAAGAUGCAUCUCUCACACAAGUGGCUACAAAAUUUGCAAUGGAGCAGGCGUAUCGACUAAUUUCUCAAUCAAGAGCUGAACUAGUGCUGCCAAUUUCCAACUGCUCACCAGAUCUCCAUCAUCUUCAAGCGAGCGGUUUGAGGGCGCCUGCGCCACACUUGAGGCAUUCUCCACCUUGUGCAGUUUCCAAGGUGUUGUCUGAGCACCCAAAGCUAAUAUUUUCGCCAGUUAGCCUUGAGCAGGUGACGCCUUUGUUACCUACCCUGCUACCGCCGUAAAAGAAAGCUGAAGCAUUCCCUUAGGCACGGAACGGAAGACGUAUAACAUAACCUUUUUUUGUUGAUUAGGCUGAGAGAAAACUAAUAUUCUGUUUUUUGCAUCAAUACCAUUUUGUUUUUGGUAUUUGAUAACCAACGAUGAUAUUCAACACUUUGGUGCAUAUCCAUUUUGAAAUUUUAUUUGAGAAAAUACAAAACUGGUAUUACAAUAUAAUAAAGAGGAUGCAUAUUAAACUAAUAAUGUAUUGUUAAGUAAAAUAAUAUUUUAUAGAAAUUCAGAGUAAUCUAUAUUAUUAGUUGAGCUUA